AUGCGCACUCCGACGACCUCGACUUUGGAUGUGGGCGCAGAGCAGCUCCCAAAGGGCUGGAGAUUUGUUGCCAUUUUGACUACUCUCAUCCUCUGCUGCUUUCUUGCCGCCCUCGACAUGACGAUUGUUGCAACCGCUGUCCCAGCAAUUGCCGACGCAUUCCAAUCUCUCGACCACGUAGGAUGGUACGGCUCUGUGUUUUUCCUCACGCAAGCCACUUUCCAAUCAACAUGGGGUAAGGUCUACGGCAUGUUCGAUCUCAAGCGCAUGUUUCUAUGGUCCAUCGCAAUUUUCGAAAUCGGGUGCCUGAUCAGCGGCGUCGCGAAAGACAGUUCGACCGUUAUUGCAGGACGGGCCAUUGCUGGUAUUGGAGCAUCCGGGAUCAUAGGUGGCGUUUUCGUCAUCAUUGCCUUCGUUACCAACGAGCGAUGGAGAGCUGUGUGCAUCGGCAUCAUCGGAGCAACAUUCAGCUUCGCUAGUGUAGUAGGACCUCUCAUUGGCGGUGUACUUACCACUGAUGUCUCUUGGCGAUGGACAUUCUAUAUCAAUCUGCCGAUAGGUGGAGUAGCUGCCACAGCCUUCAUCGCGAUCUUCCAAACACCACAGGCAGCGAAGGACGCAAGUAAACCACACCGAUGGCAAGAGCUUCAUCUCGAGUUGGACAUUGUCGGCACAACGAUUAUGACUGCGUCUAUGAUUUGCUUCCUGCUGGCUAUGCAGUGGGGCGGUGUUAGUAGAGAGUGGUCUUCGGCUUCCGUGAUCGCGACCUUGGUUCUUUCCGGCGUCCUUGUCCUCUUCUUCAUUGUAAACGAGGUCGUCAUGGGCGAUCGCGCGCUCAUCCCUUCUCGCCUUCUCAAAAGAUGGCCUGUUUGGCCAAAUUGCAUCUACACAUUCUUGGUUUCGGGUGCCUAUUUUCCCCUUGUAUACUUCCUUCCGGUAUACUUCCAGGCAAUCCAAGGUGUCAGUGCCGCACAAAGCGGCAUCCGGAACAUCCCACUGAUACUCGCUGUGUCCCUUGCAACCAUCUUAUCGACUUCUUUCAUGGGUAGAACUACGCUUUGGACUCCACCUCUCAUCCUAGGUGCUUUUGUUACUGUUGCUGGGUCUGCGGUCGUAUACACUCUAGACCUCUCGUCCUCGUCGGCGCAAUGGAUUGGGUACCAAGUCCUUAUCGGGCUCGGUAUUGGAGUCUCGAUGGAGGUGGCUCUCGUUGCAAACCAGCAGAAGCUUGCGUCUGAUGAUAUUGCCAGUAUGGUUGGCAUGACCAUGUUCUUCGAGUUGCUUGGUGGAGCUGUAUUCGUAUCCGUGGGACAAGCUCUUUUUGCUAACGGUAUGCUUAACUCUCUGAGCAAUCUUGCGCCAAAACUGGAUGGAAAGAAUGUGGUAGAUGCUGGUCCAUUAAAGAUAAGGGAAAUGUUUGACAACGAAAUAUCUGCAGUGUUAUCAAGCUACAUGGAUGGCUUGAAGCAUGCCUUUGCUCUCGGAAUCGCAUGUGGGGCCGCAACAGCCUUUCUAUCAAUCCUUAUAGUGGUAACGAGAGUUUUCGGGAGGCAGAAAUCCACACCCCGUUCAUAG